CUUACUAUAACUUGCCAUAGAGCUUCUCAUCUCUCACUAUUAGACAUGGCGAUUCCGGUCAUCGAUUUCUCGAAGUUGGAAGGCAAGGAGACAGCUGAAACUCUGGCUAAGAUCGCUAAUGGAUGUGAAGAGUGGGGAUUCUUUCAGCUGCUGAACCAUGGGAUUCCAGUGGACCUUCUCGAACGUGUGAAGAAGGUGUGCUCUGAAUGCUAUAAGUUGAGAGAGGAAGGCUUCAAGGAAUCCAAACCAGUCCAACUGCUGAACGGAUUGGUCAACCAAGAAACAGAGGAGGGCACUGUUAAGCUGUUGGACGAGGUGGAUUGGGAGGAUGUGUUUGUUCUCCAAGAUGAUAACGAAUGGCCAUCUAACCCACCAGAGUUCAAAGAGACCAUGAUGGAGUACCGAAUAGAGCUUAAGAAGCUGGCUGAGAAAGUAAUGGAAGCCAUGGACGUGAACCUCGGCUUAGAGAAGGGCUACAUCAAGAAAGCUUUCUCAGGUAAUGGCAGACACGAGCCCUUCUUUGGCACCAAAGUGAGCCACUACCCACCAUGCCCGCGCCCCGAUCUUGUGAACGGCCUUCGCGCGCACACCGAUGCCGGCGGUGUCAUCCUCCUCUUCCAAGAUGACCAAGUUGGCGGCCUUCAGAUCCUCAGGAAUGGCCGGUGGAUUGAUGUCCAGCCCGUAGAAAACGCCAUUGUGAUCAACGUCGGCGACCAGAUUGAGGUGCUCAGCAAUGGGCGGUACAAGAGUGUGUGGCACCGUGUGGUCGCCCCGCCGGACGGCAACCGCAGCUCCGUUGCAUCCUUCUACAACCCCUCACUCGUAGCUACAAUAGCUCCGGUGGCCACCAAGGAAGAGGCUUGUGCUUCCUAUCCGAAGUACCUCUUCGGCGACUACAUGAAUGUGUAUGUGAAACAGAAGUUUCAGCCAAAGGAGCCAAGGUUUGCAGCAGGGGCAGCCAUGUGAAGGAGGUGAAAAUGGAAGUUGAUAUCGGCGUGAACUUGUAGUUUUUUCUUAUGUAAGAUGUCAUCUGGAUAGCUUGUUAUUCUACGUACCUGCAGAUUUUAUA